CAUGAACACUUUCCACGCUGCGCCUUGGUCUACUCUUUCUACCACCAACGAGAGCCGCUGAUGUGACGGAGGCUGGCACGGCGUCCUGUUGAAAUUUCAUCUGGAGUUGCAUGGGACAGAUGAACGCAUGGCAGGCCGUCGCAUGGAGAGGGCAGUGAUACAGCAGUGUGCAGUGGGGAACUCUGAUGGCAGCUGUGAAGAGUGUGUCUACCCAUUGUACGUGUUUGAGAGCAUCUGCCUGAUGUCCUGUCCACCUCACUACUAUGAGUCAGAUGGAAACAGCACCCGCUCCCAUCGGAAGUGCUUACCCUGCCAUCACAACUGCCACACUUGUUUUGGGAAACAGGACACAAACUGUCUGGACUGCCCUCCGUAUUCAAUGUUGGAUUUUCGUCUUGGUACCUGUAGCCCCCCUGUCUACCCCUGGGACCACAGAGGUAAAGUGACCAGUGGCAUGGAGCGGACGGCAGCAGUUCUUGGUAUCCUGAUGGGAGGGCCGCUGGUGAUUUUGUGCAUCAUGUGGGCGAUUACAUGGAUGGUGAGCAGGGCGUUCCUUCCACGUGUCGCUGCCAGGAACGAAGUGGACAGCAGCACCAGUCAUAGCAGCAGUGAGGAGGCUAGGGAUGUGGAGAUGGUGGUCUUCCGUAUUACAGAAGACCAGGCAGAGAACAGCGAGAGAACAUCUACAUUCACCAACAUUCCCAAUACUUCACUUUAA